UGAAAAAAAAGCACGGUCAGUGUGCCGCGUGACUUAAGUCUGAGCACGUGUUUCCGGUCUACUGGAGUAUUAUAUAUCGCGUUAUAUCAUUUUCUCUUUUUAUUUGUGUUUGUAAUUUAAUACAAUUCUUCAGCUCUUUUAUCUUUAUCCUUCGGCUCCUUAUAUUCUAUACUACAUUAAUAAUAAAUUUGUCGUGUAUAAAUACGUCAAAUCCAAUCGCUAAAUAAAUUGCUUACUGGCAAUUUUUGCUACAGAUGAGUCAGUGGUUUUUUUAAAAUUAGUACCUGGAUUGAAUUGUGAAUGUUGGACGUUCGCAAACCUAACAAGAUAGGUAGAAAAAAGUUGCGGAUUCGGUACGUGAUGCCGGCGGCGCACCUGACGCUGCGAGAAGAGGACGUGGUGCGACUGACCCUCGAGUUUCUUCACGGCCGUGACCUUCACAUCACUCAGCUCUCACUUGAACGGGAGACUGGCGUGAUAAAUGGUCAGUACAGCGAUGACGUUCUCUUCCUACGUCAGCUGAUUCUGGACGGACAAUGGGACGACGUGCUGGAAUUCAUCCAGCCGCUGGAGGCGCUUCCAGAUUUCGACAUGAAGAAGUUCACCUACUCGAUCCUGCGUCACAAGUACGUCGAGCUGCUCUGCAUAAAGUCUGAGGCGAACAUUAUCGCGGGUGCUAAUGGGAGCGUUGACAAUGCCGUCGAGGAGGUCGUUAAAGUCCUCAGCGACCUGGAGAAAGUAGCGCCUUCCAAAGAAGAGUACAGCAGCCUUUGUUUGCUGCUCACGCUCCCGCGGUUAACAGAUCACUUGCAGUACAAAGACUGGAAUCCAAGCAAUGCUAGAGUUCAGUGCUUCAGGGAAGUCCACUCCUUGGUUGAAAAAUUCUUACCUGGUGAUCGCAAGUCUGAUCCAAGCCAUCCCGUUGCUUCUGCUAAAAAUGACCGGCUUAUUCAAUUAAUCAUCAAGGGCAUUCUUUAUGAGUCGUGUGUUAAUUAUUGUCAAGCUAAGGCUACUGGAUCUAAAGAGAGUGAACAGGUUGAGAUGAGUUUCUCGCGACUGCUAGACGGAUCAGUAGGGUUCAGCGACUCGGAUUUAAGUUUGCUGUCUUGGCUCCAAAGUAUCCCACCAGAAACGUUUGCGGUUCCGUUUGCCCAGAGGACAUUGAACGUGGACGUAGAAAGACUGGAGAGACCAUCCUUGGAGACCUCGUGGACUGAGCACAUGCUGAUAACGCCAAUAAAGCCAAAGACCUUCCCACACAGCGCAAUGCCAUUUACCAGGCCGCGUUCUGCUGCUGAUAUGAUGUCAAGAAGUCUUGUACCAGCUCUAGAAGCCGGUUUGGGACCUCGCAGCCCAGGGCCUAAAAAUACAACUCUGCCGUCAGCAGCACUAAUGGCGCUGUCAACCGGUGACAUAAAUCCUAUGUCUCGAUCAUCCUUCGCUAGUUUUCACUUAACCGGGUUCAAAAAUAACAAAAUAAUGAACACCAGCGUCGACAGGCUUUUUGAAAACGAAGGCGACGUUUUUCUCAGCUCGAGUUACGCUGAGUUCCAGCAGCAGCUACCGUCAAUCCAGGAAACCAUCGCUAAUGCGCAGGCGAACACAGCUGUCAGAGCACGUGGACAGUCUCAGAGUCCAGAAGGACACAAAACAAAUCCCUCGUCAGCAUCUACUCCAGAAAGACGUCUACCAGGUCGUGAAUCACCCGCAUUGUCUACCGCAAGAAGCUCACGACGCGAUUCUUUGGCUGACAAACCAACUGGCGUUGCUGCUAAAAUACCAGAGCCUACUGUGAUACCCGCACGCGGUGUUAUUGCCGGUGAUAAUCUUGAUCAAAGCUACAAUGGUGAUUUAUUUAAAGAGUAUCAAAAACAAAAACAGAAGUUACAAGAAACAAUUCAACAAAAGGAACGUGAGCGUGAUGAACUUGUUAGACAAUUAUCUGCUCCUAUUUCUGCUCAGUUGGUUGACAAUAGACUUCAAAAUGAAACAAGUGGAAAAUCACAUGUAGGAAGUAAAGGACCUUCUCCACAUCCUAGUACACCUAAUCGAUCUGGAAUUCAAUCUCCAAAACCAACAUUAAAUGGAUCUAAUUUAAUUUCGCAUAAUUCAUCAGCAACAAGCGUCUACGAAUCGCGAAUCCAAGAAAGCCACUACGACACCGUAAAGCCGCUUAAGCCAGAACCAAGGUCCGAACUAGACUCGACAAAUGGAAGUAGUCAUAAUGGAAGACCGAGAUUUGUUCCUGUUACCGCACUUGAAGAUGUUCAAGCUGUCAGAUGCGCUGAAUUUCAUCCUCAUGGGAAACUUUAUGCAGUUGGAUCUAAUUCGAAAACUCUUAGAAUAUGCGCGUAUCCAAAACUUCAUGAUGUUCGUGAAGACCAUCAGACAUACCAGCCUACAGUACUCUUCAAGAGGACGAAACAUCAUAAAGGCUCAAUAUACUGUCUCGCAUGGACACCUGAUGGCCAAUUAAUGGCUACUGGUAGUAACGAUAAGACCGUUAAAUUGAUGCGAUUCAAUGCCGAUACAUCAAAUCUCGAGGGCCAAGAAGUUGAAUUAACAAUGCACGAUGGAACAGUACGUGACCUCUGUUUCCUUGAAGACACAUCUAACAAAUCAAGCCUAUUGAUAAGCGGCGGUGCAGGUGAUUGCAAGAUUUACGUAACCGAUUGUACUACAGGAACACCUUUCCAAGCUCUCAGUGGUCAUAGUGGCCACGUACUCACCCUUUACAACUGGGGAGGUGCGAUGUUUGUCAGCGGUUCGCAAGAUAAGACUGUUAGAUUCUGGGACUUACGUACCAGAGGGUGUGUUAAUAUGGUUACACCUGCAACAGUACCCGGCAGCAGGGAUUGGAUUUAUUUGCAGGUGGGCAGCCCAGUGGCAGCGGUUUGUGUGGAUCCAUCAGGAAGAUUGCUUGUUUCUGGUCACGAAGACAGUAGCUGUGUUCUGUUUGAUAUAAGAGGUGGUAGAACUGUUCAAUGUUUCAAACCUCACGCCGCUGAUAUAAGAAGUAUUCGCUUUUCACCUUCUGCUUAUUAUUUAUUAACUGGUGGAUAUGAUAAUAAACUUGUUCUUACCGAUCUUCAACGUGAUCUAACAUUGCCAUUACCAAGUGUCGUAGUUGCCCAACAUCAAGACAAAGUAAUCUCGGGGCGUUGGCACCCGACAGAAUUUUCAUUUCUCAGUACAUCUGCCGACAAAACAGCCACCCUCUGGGCUCUUCCUCCUGUCUAAUAAUUUAAUACUCAUUUACACAUUAUUUAUAUUUAUAUUUAUAAUUUCUUAACUAAAAAUAAUUUACUACCUAUAAAAUAAUUUGUAAAAUCAUUAGCAAACGCAUUGAAUUCGCACAAUGGACCAUGACCAAUGAUAAAUUAAAGCUCUUACGUUAUUAAAAUAAAUAUUAAACGUAAACGCGUACUUGGAAAGUAAUUAUCUUUAUAAGUAAUUUAAGUUUAUUAUUAUUAUUAAUACUAUUAAAUUAAUUGUUGAUUGAUACUACGUAAUCCAGACGUAAAUUAAUAAAGUAAUAAAUAAAGACUGGAACGUGUUGCAGUUUUGAAUAAAAAAAUUAUACAAGUCUGAGAUUACGGGUCACUCUUUUUAAUA